UUUUCUAAAAAUAGACUUGGAAAGUUUUGGUUUGUUAUCGAAAUAUUUUGACAGUUUUCUCGGUUUUUGAAUAGGGCAUCAAAUUAGACGUUCUUCCGCUUAGAAUUCUUAUGCUGGACCAUGAAUAUUCUGCGGAUUGUGAAAGAGGACGAAUCUCCUGUCAUUAAAAAGCUUGAGGCAGCAGCAAAACCAAACUUGUCUAAACCAUGCGAGAAGAAAUUCACUGAGGAGGAACUUAAAGCACGACUUACUCCGACACAAUUCAGGGUGACACAAGAAAAAGGCACUGAAAAGGCCUACUCCGGAAAGUACAUAAACAAAAAAGAGGAGGGAAUCUUCCAAUGCAUUGUCUGUGGUAACCAUAUCUUCGAUUCAGAUCACAAAUUCGCAUCAGGGUGUGGCUGGCCGUCAUUUUCAGAUGUCGAAAAUCUCGAUAAAGUCAAAUUAGUCAGGGAUACUUCACAUGGUCUAAAUCGGCUUGAAGUAUCUUGUGCAAAAUGUGGUGCUCAUCUAGGUCAUGUGUUCGAUGACGGUCCGAAACCUUCAGGAAUUCGAUACUGCGUCAAUUCAGCCUCGUUAGACUUCCGGAAACAUACAACGGUGUGAUUGUCGUCGUCAGCAUGAAUGGGGGCGGGCGUUUCAGUUAUCUGACAAUAGUGGUAUUACAAAAGUCAUGGAAUAUACAGCAUGAGGUCUAUCAAAUGGCCCCUUUGGAUCGGGGUUGAUCAGUCAUUUCUGCAUCAAAGUCAAUUUCAGGCUUAAGCGGAAAUUUUCUCGAAAUAGAGCAGGGCUCAAUAUUUUGUAUUUUGAAUUCAAUUUGUUAGCUACUAAUAGCUUGAAUCAUGAUUUCAUGUAAAAAGUAUGAUGAAAGGGGAUUUUAGCGUCAACAAAUCUGGUCUAAUUAGUAUGUUCUCUUCUUGUGCCAUGUGCAAUGCUUAAUAUCUUCUCACCAUAAGACUGUAUUAUUUACAUCAUCAUGCUCCUUUAACACAAAUUACCAUAUCUAAGCCUUCGACACAUACCUCAAAAGUACAGAUCUGCGUUCACUUUCCAUGAGUGCUUAGCUUCUUUGGAAAAAGACACUUCAAAAAUCUCUACAAAAAAUUCUGCAAUUUUCUUAGUUUAUUGAUCUGACCUCUGAAGAAUUGAGAAAAUUUUUAUAAAGUUGUGAUUUUUAUUAUAGUUUAAGUUUUUGAAUUCAGUAAAUAUUGUGCGUUAGUACAUUUAUUGUCUUUAUUCUUUGAGUAUUUAAAAAUUUGAACAGAAGAAUAAAACAAUCGAUCAGAAUUGAAAGAAGAAGUAUUAAGUAUUGAAUCAUUGACAAACGAAUUCAUAUUGGCGUCAUAUUUACUUCUUUGAUAUUUUAAAAAUUUGAACAGAAGAAUAACACAAUUGAACAGAAAUAAAAGAAGAAGUUUUGAUUGAUGAAUCAUUGCCAAACGAAUUCAUACGAGAGUUAUAUUUCUAUCCUCUUAGUUGUAGGAGAUUUCAUUCUGAAUGUGUGCAUGCAAAAUCAGCUUUUAGGGUUAAACAAGAUAAUGCAUAAUCAGUUACCUCAAAAAAACUCUUUGUUUGGCCUAGUUUUGAUGUUUGUGCUGUAAAAGUUAUCUUCAAGUUCUUUAAUUACCGAAUUAAUAUAUCAUAGUCAAAAUAUUGGUUAUAUGAAAUAGUAAAUUUCUAUGUAUUCUAUUUAUUCCAAAUCGUUUCAUAUUUUCUCACAGUGUCAUAUCAUUUUUGAUCAUGUCCAAUGUAAAAUGAAUUUAAAAUGUUGAUUUAUGCAUGUAUUUACACCCUAAACGGAACUGUUGUUAUCUACAUUGUAACAUGGUGGAUUAUGUAUUUAAUCAUCAGAAUCUCUUGUAGCUCAUGUACAUGUACCUCAACCUACUGUCAACAACAAAAUUUCUGAUGAGUGAUUUUCAUCUGGCACCAUGCAGAUUACUGAAUCACAGCUCAACACCAACCAAGUGGUUUAUUUGAUGUAUUUAAUGGUCAAAUCAUAAUAAUAUUUUCAUCAUUCUUGUUGCUUUAGUUAUCAUACAAAAGGGCAUUGAAGCAUAACAUAAUCAUAGUUUGAAUCUGUACACGCUAAGUUAUCAUUACGAAUACAGUGGAACCUCCCUUAGCGGACACCACUCUAUCAAGGACACUCUAAUUUAGGACACUGCGCUUGGUCCCAAAUUGGUCAUUUACAUUGAAUUUGACCUCUGUAAUGGGGUCACCUCUCAAUUAAGGACAGCACUUGUCAGUCCGAAGGGUGUCCCUAAUGGAGAGGUUCUACUGUAUUUACAUUGAGUCCAACAUUGCCAUCUUGAUGACAAUCACUAUGUUAUCAUAAAGCAUAUCAUCAAUUCAACUUGGGGUCCAUAUGAUAUUCAGGUCUGCAGCUAGCUGUUUGGUCGUGGGAGAAAAAACACCUCUGUCGGUCAGAAAAUUGGCCCAAAUCAGCAUGAAAAAAUGUUUUUUGGUGACCAGCCCCCUCCAGCUACAGCCCUGCUAUCACCCCACGUCCAUAACAAAAAAAAUGAAGAAAACAUGCAUGAAGAAUGUUUAUUAGUGGAUGAAUUAGGAGAUGAAUGAAUUAGGUUUGGUGAUUUGCAAAAUUUAUAUGAAAAGCUUUGCUGACUAGUUUGAGCUGGGUUGCUUCAAAUCUGCAUAGCGGGCACUCUAAUGAGUGCGAGGAGAUAUUUACAUGUAACAUACAGUCUCGGUAACCUAACAAGAAGUACUAACACACCUUGAUAGAAUCUGUUAUCUUUAAAGAAAUCUCAUGUUCUAACUUUUGAUGAUAUUGUGUCUUCAUUUUGUUUGUAUGUUUCUGUUAGUCUUUAAAAGGGGGCUACAGGCAGGUGCCAUGUAGGCCAGAUAAAUUACAGUUAGCUGCUAAUAGGUGUCUCUGUUAUCUCUUUGUACAUUCUACACUAUUCACACUUGUACAAGGAAUAUAUUUCCUUAGUCUUCUUUUCUGCACUUGGUGGUGUAACGGGAGACGAGGCCAUUCGAAUGACAAUUACCACUUGGUCAAAACCAGACCGUGUUCCAUAACGUAUCAGUCACUGGGAGACCACCAAUUCGGCCCCUAUAUCCUGCCUAUAGUUCCCCUUUAAAGUUUUGUUCUUCUCAACCUGUUUGUUCAGUGGAUUGAAUCAAAAAGUCUUUUGAUAUUUGAUGGAAUGUUGUCUUUAUUUUCAUCUGUUUUAUUUCAUUAUCUGAGUCUAUCCGAUAUGAAUACAUUGUACGCUGUUUGGUUUCUGUGAAACCGAGAUUCCAUCUUAAAUGCUGUGGAAAUGUUUAAUUUCAAAGGAUGAAAAGCUUAGAUCUUACAAUUGAAGAAGCUGCAUGUAUUUGCACAGUGGUGGUCAAGUGUCAUUUGAAGGGUCAACUCGGGCCCUGGAUUUACUUGGCCAGGAGGGUUAUACCUCUGCCUGCCACUUGUACGUAGGCCUAUGUGAAACAGAUGCACCAUAACCAGCUAAUUAGCGUCUUCACAGUUUAUUAUCAGUUCUUGAUAUCAAGUAUGUAAAAGGACCUUUAUACCUACUAGUAACUAGAUAAUGUUACUGACAACCAGUUCUGGCCUUGAAUUUGUCUGUCUGCAUUUACGUUCUUACUUUGAUGGAUCUGCCAAAUUUUUGGUUUUGUCGGAAAAAGCAUGAUACCACUUAUUGGUCGUAGAUCUAUGCUGGUUUCUGUUCAAUGUUAAUGAAUGAAUUGAUCUAUAAAGUACAGGCCACCAUCUCAGUCAGUUCUUAGUUCUACACUAUCGCCAUGAACAUGUAUAAUGUUGGCCGUGAACAUGUAUAAUGUAUCUCUAUUUAGUUGUUAAAGUAUUCAAAUUUGAUUUGAUUUGUUCUUUGUCUUUCAAUUUUUCUUUGGUGGUCUUUCUAAAGAGGAUACUGUACAUAAAGGACUGUUUUCUAUAUGAGGCUGUAUUGAGUUUUCUAUGGCAAUAAAGUUGAAUAAACUAGA